AUGGCAGGUCUUGUUGACAAAUUGACCGCCUCUAAAGGCACCGAAUCCGCAGGAUUCCUAAACCACAUCAUCGAGCAGCUAUGGCCCAACAUCAACGUUGCCGGCUGCAAAAUGGUCAAGGACAUCGUCGAGCCCAUGUUCGCUUCCAUGCUCCCAGGUCCCCUAGCCACACUCAAAUUUGUUAAGCUUGACCUGGGGCCGAUUCCGAUGCAAGUGUCUGAGGUGGACGUUCACAAGGCCGAUAAUGGCGGCAUCAAGCUCGACAUGGACGUGGUAUGGGAGGGAAAGAGUGACAUCGAGCUGGAUGGCAAGAUGAUCCCCAAGCUGGGCAUCGAACAUGUGUCUUUGAAGGGUAGACUAUCUAUUCUACUUGCUCCCUUGACAAAUAUCAUUCCCUUGGUCGCUUUCAUCAACCCUCCAGAGCUUAAGCUCGAUUUCACCAACGCAGCCAACAUAGCAGACUGGGCUGUGGUAGAUAGUGCUGUGCGCAAGGUCAUUCUUGACAUCAUCGGCUCCAUGGCCGUUCUCCCCAACCGCUACCUCGUCAAGCUUGACAGCAACAACGACUACCUUCGUACCUACCUACCACACAUAGGCGCCCUGCGCUUGACAAUCGAAAGAUCCAUCGGGAUCAGCGGCCCGAAGAAGAGCAAGUCCAAGCGGCUGUUGGCCAAGAUCAUCAAAGACGUACCUGACUGCUACUGCAAGGUCAACAUAGGCGCCGAGGAUGAAUGGCGCACCUCCGUGAGGAAGAACGACAAAGAUCCAGAGUGGAACGAGACCCAUGAUUUCCUCGUGGCGGACAUGGACCAACGUAUCUUCAUUGAUGUCCAGGAUGACGAUCUCGGCGGCGACGAUGACAUUGGCAUUGCCACGACCACUGUCAAGGAUAUUUUGCUGGCGGGCGGGUCGCAGCAGUUAGCGCUCACCCAUAAGGGCGAAGACACCGAUGCCAAGAUCACCGUCCGCGCCCAGUUCUACAACUUCGUCGACGACGCGCGUGCGAUCAAAUCAACACAGAGCAAAAGUGAAGGUCAAAUCGUCGGGCUUGCCACCAUACUCAUUGCAAGCGCUCUGGGAUUGCAGGGGCAGCGCGACGAGCUGAAUCCUAGCAUUAAGGUGACUUGGGGUACGAAGGAGUACCGCACCGCCGCAAAGACCUACAGCCCCGGCACGGACAUCUUUAACCCUUCGUUUGAUCAGGCCUUCAGAAUUCCCGUGACAGAAGACUUGCUUGCCAACCCAGCUAACUUCAAGAUCGCGUUGAUGAACAAGGCCGACGAGACUGGGUCAGUUGAGAUCACGUUCCAAGACAUUCUUCAAUCCCCUGGUCUGAUCAAGGAGGCGAGCUUUGAUGUUGGCUCUGGUGCGACGGUCAGAGCAAGUAUCUCUCUUCGGUCUUUGCAGCUAGCCAAAUAA